AUGAGCACCCGCGACCUCUAUCGUACACUCAGAGCAAUCAACGGAUUGACGGCCGAACCAGUUCGAGUCACCAGUGAUCCGGCAUCGCUUCACGGAGGAAACCAGGACCGAGGUGGAAAUUCUGAGCAAAGGCCUCGUGCUCAGCAAGCGGCCAUCGUUCCCGUAGUACCGUCGGAUGCUGUCUUGGAGGCAGAGAACACUUUUAAGAGAUUUGAUGGCUUUACGGAUAGUGCUGGCGUUUUGCGUCGACCGAGAAGUCGCAGUCCCUUCAGUAAACCCGGUCUAUGGGAACCGAAUCCUGACAAUCCUCACAAUCGAGAUCACGCAAACAAAUACUUCUAUGCUCCACGUUCAGUGUCAGCUGAUUGGCUGAACGGACAGGUAAGGCAGUCGCAUGGGCGCGCUCAUUGGGCAGUUCCAGCGGCUCAAGUGGGUGGUACCGAUGGAUUCAGUACGGUUCAUUUCCCUACGAUCGGUUCAUUCCUCAACAUACCUGAUGACUACGACUAA